AGGCGGGGCCUAGUCGUGGGCGGGGCUUCUUCGAGUUCCGGAGUCGAGUUGCUGCUUGGGCCAGAGCGGAGAUGCAGCCGCCGCCCCGAAAAGUGAAGCCGGCCCAGGAAGUGAAGCUUCGCUUCCUGGAGCAGCUGAACAUCCUUCAGACCCGGCAGCAGAGGGAGGCGGAUCUGCUGGAGGACAUCAGAUCCUACAGCAAGCAGAGGGCAGCCAUUGAACGAGAGUAUGGGCAGGCACUCCAGAAACUGGCUGGGCCAUUCCUGAAGAGAGAAGGGCAGCGGAGUGGGGAGAUGGACAGCAGACAUUCUCUGGGGAGAGGCAGGAUGGUGUUUGGUGCCUGGCGCUGCCUGCUGGAUGCCACCGUGGCUGGGGGCCAAGCCCGGCUCCAGGCGUCCGACCGAUACCGUGACCUGGCAGGGGGCACAGGGCGGAGUGCCAAGGAGCAGGUGCUUAGGAAGGGAGCGGAGAACCUCCAGAGAGCGCAGGCCGAGGUGCUGCAGUCUGUCAGGGAGCUGAGCCGAAGUCGGAAGCUGUAUGGGCAGCGGGAACGCGUGUGGGCCUUGGCACAGGAGAAGGCGGCUGAUGUCCAGGCCAGGCUGAACCGAAGUGACCAUGGGCUCUUCCACACCAGGACCAGCCUCCAGAAACUCAGCACUAAGCUGUCCGCUCAGUCAGCCCAGUACUCCCAGCAGCUGCGAGUGGCCCGCAAUGAGUACCUGCUCAACUUGGCAGCCACAAAUGCCCACCUUGACCACUACUACCAGGAGGAACUGCCGACCCUGCUCAAGGCCCUGGUCAGCGAGCUGUUGGAACACUUGAGGGACCCCCUCACCUUACUGAGCCGCACUGAUCUGGAAGCUGCAGAGACGGCCCUGGAGCAUGCCCACCGCGGGGGGCAGGCAACCUCCCAGGUAAGCUGGGAGGAGGAUCUGAAGCUCUUUCUUCAGGAGCCUGGAGUAUUUUCCCCCACACCACCUCAGCAGUUUCAGCCAGCAGGGACGGAUCAGGUGUGUGUCCUGGAGCUGGAGGGGGGCGCAGGAAGCAUGCCUGGGGAGAGCAGCCUGGAGAAAGAGAUUCAGCGCUGGACGAGCCGAGCUGCCCGUGACUACAAGAUCCAGAACCACGGGCAUCGGGGAAGAUUAAACGACAUAAUUCGUGUGAAGCAACUAGCAAAGUGCAGGUCCACAGUAAGUAGUGUCCCCAUAGUAUCUCCACCCACCCCUGUCCUCUGCCUUCCCAACCAGGUGCUGCAGCGGCUGGAGCAGAGGCGGCAGCAGGCUACGGAGCGAGAGGCUCCAGGCAUAGAACAGCGGUUGCAGGAAGUGAGGGAGAGCAUCAGGCGGGCACAGGUGAGCCAGGUGAAGGGGGCUGCCCGGCUGGCCCUGCUGCAGGGGGCUGGCCUAGAUGUGCAGCACUGGCUGAAGCCAGCCAUGACCCAGGCUCAGGAUGAGGUGGAGCAGGAGCGACGGCUCAGUGAGGCUCGGCUGUCCCAGAGGGACCUCUCUCCCACGGCUGAGGAUGCUGAGCUCUCUGACUUUGAGGAAUGUGAGGAGACAGGGGAGCUCUUUGAGGAGCCCGCCCCCCCAGCCCUUGCCACCAGGCCCCUCCCCUGUCCGGCACAUGUUGUGUUUGGCUAUCAGGCAGGGCGUGAGGACGAGCUGACCAUCACAGAGGGCGAGUGGCUGGAGGUCAUAGAGGAGGGAGAUGCUGACGAAUGGGUUAAGGCUCGGAACCAGCAUGGCGAGGUAGGCUUUGUCCCUGAGCGGUAUCUCAACUUCCCGGACUUCUCCUUCCCUGAGAGCGGCCAUGACAGCGAGAAUCCCUCGGGGGCAGAACCCACAGCGUUCCUAGCCCGCGCCCUGUACAGCUACGCAGGACAGAGCGCAGAGGAGCUGAGCUUCCCUGAGGGGGCGCUCAUCCGUCUGCUGCCCCGGGCCCAGGAUGGAGUGGAUGACGGCUUCUGGAGGGGAGAAUUUGGGGGCCAUGUUGGGGUCUUCCCCUCUCUGCUGGUUGAGGAGCUGCUUGGCCCUCCAGGGCCAUCUGAACUCUCAGAUCCUGAACAGAUGCUGCCAUCCCCUUCUCCUCCCAGCUUCUCCCCUCCUGCACCCACCUCUGCCUUGGAGGGGCCCCCUGCACCUGUCCUACCUGGGGAGAGUGCCACUGUCCUAAGUGCUGGAGAUAACAGCAGUGAACAAAACAGCCUGAAGACUGACUUUUUUCCAGACCAAGACCUGGACUGCCCUGGACCCCUGGACAUGAUGGCGCCUCGACUCAGGCCGAUGCGUCCACCGCCUCCCCCACCAGCCAAAGCCCCGGAUCCUGGCCACCCAGAUCCCCUCACCUGAAGCCAGGGGAUCUCUGCCCCCCAGUGAUGCUGCCGCCCCUAUCUCCACGCUGUCAGAGAACACCCCCUCAAUGAUC